GAGAAAGCGCGGUGGGCGCUGCGGUAUCACGAGCUGGGGUCACUCAUGCGGACGGCACAAGAAGCGGGCGUCGGACAAUGGAGGAGGCGCUCGCCAAGUAUGUCUGCGAGCAACGGAGUCGGGGCCUGGCGGUCAGCGUCAAUGACAUUCGGGAAUGGAGCCGAAAGUACAUGCGCAGACACGACCCACAUACCAGGUGGCAGGGGUCGAACCGAUGGAGCCAACGGUUUCGCAAGCGGUGGGGAUUCACACUACGCUGCCGAACAAAGGUUGGGCAGAAGCUCUCUCCAGAAUGCGCCGCGGACUGUGAGGGGUUUUGGAAGUUCGUUCGCAUCAACCGUGCCCGUCAUCAGAUGGACUUACGCCGCAUCAUCAAUGCCGAUCAAACUCCUCUUUUCGUGGAGAUGCCAGCUGGCCGGACGUUGGAGCAGAAGGGGUCCCGUUCGGUGCCGGUGAAGACCGCUGGAUACGAGAAGCAACGCUUGACCGUGAUGCUAGCAUGCACGGCCAGCGGCGACAAGCUCCGGCCGUGGGUAUGGUUCAAGCGCAAGACCAUACCCGAAUGUGAAUGUCCUUCGGGGGUCGAAGUGCAAGCGCAGGAGAACGACUGGAUGGAUGAGGCAGCCGUCAAGAAUUGGCUGGAGAAAGAGGUUCUCCCCUUUCUCAACCCGAAGCGUGGGGUGCCAGCACGACGUGCCAUGCUUGUGCUAGACUCGUACCGUGGCCAUCUCACCGAUGGGAUGAAGCACGCGUACAGGACGCAUUGCAUCAUCCCUGCCAUCAUUCCAGCUGGGUGCACUCCGCUGAUUCAACCCCUUGAUGUUUCCAUCAACAGGUGUUUUAAAGCGGGGGUGAGGGAUGCUAUGCAAAGUGGUUUGCAAAGCACGGCAUCAACCUACGCACGGCCAAAGGAAACCUGCGCCGCCCACCCCACCCCGUGGUACUGAAGUGGAUUGACCAAGCAUGGCGCGAUGUGCCGCGUGACAUCAUCGUGCGAGCAUUCAAGACC